CGUACAUAACGCAAACAAAAUUAGAAUGUCUGGCGCGUAUUGAUUCUGUGAGCGAAAUGUCCCUUGCGCUGGAUGGGCCUGCAGUUGAUGGCCAAUUUAUUUCGCAUCAAGGACUCCGACUGCGAAGAGAAAAGAGAAACCUGUCAGGAGCAGAGGCCCGUUCAACCCUGCAAUUUGCCGACGACCAAUGGGCUUUCAGCUUAAUCGCUAUUGGUGCAACCCUCCGCCCAAAAUCGAUCCGAAACCAACAAAAUCCAACCCUCCGCAACCCCCACAUAACAACGAGAAAAAGAAGAGAGAAUCUAGCCCGAGCGUAUAAAUAGUAAACCCCCUGGGGAUCGACGCUCACUUCCGUUUUCAGUCAUCCAAGUAGUGUAAAGUGGACUUAAUUGAGAUAACCAUGAGCUCCAGCCGUCAGCAUUCCCAACUGCCAGACAGUUCCUCAUCUCCACCGAUUAAUUUACAGUAUGGUAAUUACAAUGCCACCGAUGAUUUGUCCGAAGAGGAGCUGUCCGAGCUUCCCAGUUGCGCCUUCGCCGGAAGAAACUCCGGGAACAACAUGCAGCAUCACUACCUGACCAACAUGCAUCACUCCAACCAUAAUAAUGUGGAUGCAGGUCAUUGCGGCGGCAGCGGUUCUCUGAACGGCGAAUAUUACUCCAACUCUCCAUACAGGGUGCAAAGACACGCGGCCAACAUCCGAGAGAGGAAAAGGAUGCUGAGGUCUGCUAUUGGACCCACCGGCAGUAUAAACUCCGCGUUUGAUGAGCUACGGAUGCACGUUCCUACCUUCCCUUACGAGAAGAGGCUCAGCAAGAUUGACACCCUUCGAUUGGCUAUCGCCUAUAUAGCCCUCCUCAGGGAAGUCCUGACUGCAGACUGCGAUCCCCUCACCUACGUGGAACGUUGUCUUCGAGGCGAAAUCAAAGCGGACAGAGCUAAUUGGAACACAAGUGAUUUAACUGCCCGUUUAUCUUGGAUCAACUGGGAGAAUCUGGGGGUGAAUCCGGGUAGGAGAAGUGCUUUAACAUCGCUGGCCCUAACCUCCGACAACAUGAACCAUUGAUUGUUAAUUUCACUUGCCACGUGUGCAAUAACAGAAUGCCAAAGAUUGUUAAUUUUUUGAAUAAAGUUUUUCGUUUAUC